ACUUUUGUAAUAUCGCUCAUUACAAACCUUUCUUCCAAUGUUUAGUUUAGCUCAAAUUUAUUGAUGAAGUUCCUUUCUCAGAAUAAAUUCUCUUACAUUAAAUCUGAAUUUGAUAUGAAUUCAUUUAAUCUUAAAAGGGAUCAAUUCUUAGAGGGAUUUAUUGCGAAAUAAACUAUUUUUUCGUUUCUCGAAUGUUGAUUCGUUUCAUCACUUGUUUGCGUUCGUAUUCAUCAGCUGCUUAUGGGAAAAUGCCGAGAGUCCUAAAUGUGGCAGAGAAAAAUGAUGCGGCCAAGUCGUUGGCAGCAAUGUUGUCUAAAGGACACUGCAGGAGAGUAUGUUAAUUCAAAUUAUUUGUAUUCUUUCACUCAUGAUCUAAAGAGAUUGUAAACAAGCGGAGAUAAGAAAAGUUUAAUUAAUAAAACAGCAAUUCGAAGAAAAAAAAUGUUAAUAUGGUAUUUUUUUUUUUAGAGAGACGGGCUAUCAAAAUACAACAAAAUAUAUGAGUUUGAGUAUAAUUUGUUCAAUACUCCAAGCACAAUGAUUAUGACUUCUGUAUCUGGUCAUCUAUUAACUUGGGAAUUUACUCCUCAGUUCACAAACUGGCGUUCUUGUAAUCCGGUUCAACUUUUCACUGCUCCUGUUUAUAAAAAAUGUCCUCCAGAUUUUGAAGGAAUUAAGAAAACACUUGAACGAGAAGUAAGAAAUUGUGAUAAAUUAGUCGUCUGGACCGAUUGCGAUAGAGAGGGAGAAAAUAUAGGGUUUGAAGUCAUAGAAGUUUGUAAAAAAGUAAAGCCUAAUAUUCCAGUGUACCGAGCUAAAUUUUCAGAGAUUACUGCAGGAGCCGUUCAUCGGGCCAUUAACAACCUAAUAGCGCCUGACGAAUUCACAAAUGCAGCAGUUGAUGUACGAUCAGAGCUAGACCUUCGAAUUGGUGCCGCUUUUACUAGAUUCCAAACUCUUCGACUUCAGAGUGCUUUUCCUCAAAGUUUGGGAGGCGAUAAUAAUCAAUUAAUUUCUUACGGAUCCUGUCAAUUUCCAACUUUGGGAUUUGUUGUGGAGAGGUAUAAGCAAGUUGAAGAUUUUGUUCCGGAACCGUUUUGGAAAAUAAGAGUGACCCAUGAGAACGACGGAUCUAGCGUUGAUUUUAGUUGGAAAAGAAAUCGUCUGUUUGAUUACGAUUUAUGUUUGGCUCUAUAUGAACAAUGUAUUGAAGUUCCCAUAGCUAAUGUUACUGACGUUAGAACUCGCCCUAAAUCUAAAUGGCGUCCAGUAGCAUUAGAUACUGUCGAACUUGAGAAAUUAGCUUCAAGAAAGCUUAGAAUUAAUGCUAAAGAGACAAUGAAAAUUGCUGAAAAAUUAUAUACUAAGGGUUUUAUAUCUUAUCCCAGAACGGAAACCAAUAUCUUUCCUAAAGAUCUCAAAUUCAAUGACUUGAUACAACAACAAACUAGAAAUCCAAACUGGGGAGAGUUUGCUUCUCGUCUUUUAAUGGAUGGUGCUAACCCAAGAAAUGGGCGAAAAACUGAUCAGGCUCAUCCUCCUAUUCAUCCAACAAAGUAUGCUGAUUCUUUACAAGGAAACGAAGCUCGAGUGUAUGAAUUUGUGGUGAGGCGGUUUCUGGCGUGUUGUUCAAAAGAUGCUCAAGGUUUUGAGACCACUGUGGACAUUGAGGUCAAUAAAGAACUUUUCACGGCUCAAGGACUAAUGAUAACAGAGAGGAAUUACUUAGAAGUUUAUCCAUAUGACAAUUGGAGUGAUAAAACCUUGCCGGUGUAUAAUGUCAAUGAUAGUUUUGAGCCCAAGUCGAUAGACUUGGUAGAUGGAUCAACGACAGCACCGCCUCUCUUGACCGAGGCGGAUCUGAUUGCUCUUAUGGAAAAACAUGGUAUAGGAACUGAUGCAACUCACGCUGAACACAUAGAAACAAUUAAGUCAAGAUUAUAUGUUGGAUUACGUGAAAACAAAUUUGUACCUGGAGAACUUGGUAUGGGGUUGGUAGAAGGCUAUGAUUCAAUGGGUUUUGAAAUGUCAAAACCACACCUAAGAUCAGAACUAGAAGCAGACCUGAAAGCAAUUUGCGAAAGGAGAAAGAAUAAAGAUGAAGUACUUCAAGAACAAAUAACAAAAUAUAAAUCUGUCUUUGAGGAAGCGUUUAGACAAGCUUCAAAAUUAGACAAUGCACUAGCUUGCUAUUUUGGUUCGGCUCAAGAAGUUCGUGAACAAGAUUAUAUACCAGAAGUUGUGGAGAAAAUUUUAACUUGUCCGGCGUGUUCAAGUGAUAUGGUUUUGAAGAAAAAAAAGGAUAAUAAAGGCUGGUUUAUAAGUUGUGUUGCUUUUCCAAACUGUAAAACAGUUUGUUGGUUACCGUCAUCUGUUUUGGAAGCCAAAGUAACGAAUGAUAUUUGUGACAGGUGCCAUUCAACAAAAUUGAUGCAGUUUAAAUUUCGACAAGGAACCGCUCCAAUGCAUAUGCAACCAAUUUAUAAUGGCUGUGUUGUCUGUGAUAAUGAACUAAAAGAUACUUUAAAUUUUCGAUUAUCUGAAUCAACUGUAAUCUCCCCUCCAAACGCUAGAAACAUAGCUACUCCAGUUCAAUCUGUUCGUAGUAGUCAACAGUCUAGAGGCAGUUCAUCAACAACUGAUAGAACUAGAACCGUAUAUCCGAAAACUGAUUUAAAGAGCGAACGAUCACAUGGAAUGAGAAGUUUUUUAGGUGCUCAAAAUGCCUCUCAAAAUUUCGGUAACGUUAGUGAUACUGUCGUUUGCAAUUGUGAAACAGACGCAAAGUUAGUUGAAGUAAAAAAAGAGGGCCCAAAUAAAGGGCGAAAAUUUUAUACUUGCUCAACAUCAAAUUGUCGAUUCUUUCUUUGGGCCGAUGAACCAAAGUCAUCGACUCAAAAUGAUCAAGUGAAGUGUAAAUGUCCUGCAAUUGCUAAAAAACUAACAUGCAAAAAUGGUCAAAAUAAAGGACGACCUUUCGCCGCGUGUCCUAACGAUAAAUGCGGAUUCUUCGAAUGGCAAGACACUGAUUCUAGUCAAAGCCAUAAUCAACCUUCCAGUCAAGGUUUUCAGAGCCAAAGUUUUCAGAGCCAAACACAAUCGAGAAAACCGUCUAUGAUUGGUAGAUCUAAGAAAAACUAUUCUGGUAAUACCACUCAGAUUCAGCAAUCGUCCGGAGAAGACAGGAGAUGCGCUUGCGGGGAAGUGGCCAUUCUAAAAGUCGUAUCAAAGAACAAUGCAAACAAGGGACGGCAGUUUUAUAGUUGCCCUAAGCGAAGUUGUAACUUUUUCGAGUGGAUUGAUGAAAAAGGCGAUAAUGAUAACAACCUGGAUGAUUCAGUAACAAGAUCUGCUAAAAAGCGAAAGUGUGGCUAUUGUAAUGAGCAAGGACACGAUAGAAGAAAUUGCCCACGUAAAACUUGAUAAGAAAAAACAAUAUAACUGUCAAUAAAAUAGAGCAAAUGUCUUUGUAAAUUAUAUAUUCCAAUUCGCUAUUUCUGUAUGAUAUAACUGUCGGAUUAACGUAAAUAAAUCUAUAAAUGGUGUUUUCUUGGUUAAGAACUGAAAAAAUACAAGACAUUAAAGUGUAUAUAAGUUUGAAAAAGAGAAUUGAACAUUUAGUAUACAAUGAGUUAUAUAGGGAAACGAUAUUAGAAACUAUUGGAUUAAUCAUGCCUUUCUGGUGUAGAAUAUCUUUAUAUUAGCUGAA